ACCACAUGUCUUUGGCCCCAUCACAGUCUUGAACUUCCAUGGUCUACGCCUUGGAUUAAACACAAAUCCUUUGCGACUGAUUGAAUUACACCAACAUCGAACCUAGUUCAGACCCCUGCAGACCACAUGCGGGUUGUCCUAUUCGUGUCUCAAGUCGAUCCUCCUCUAUUGUUUUCAUUCAAUAUUACGGGGCUGCUGUCUUCAUUUUCGCAAGCAGAGCUCAACCGCACACCAGCAGGACUUCGAACAAGAUGAUAACAUGCGUGAACUUGCACUUGCCUGAGACCUUGCAUCACAGCAACUUGCAUACCUUAGGGCAAACCAGUGGCGAAGAGAGGACAUCGGCACAACUUCAUCGCAAGGAACAACGGGCAAGUCAGGAUACCAGUGUAUCUGCCAGCAAAAGCUCUGUCGACCAAAAAAGCAUAUCUUCGGACGCCACGUCCAAUGUCAUCAAUCCUACCGCUACGGUUUUCGACUACGCCGAGUUUGUCUUUGCAUCAAACAAACGUUCCGCUGAGGCAGAACUCUUCGCAAGCCUGAUCUGGCGCACAAGGCAGGACCUUACUGAAGCGUCGCGACUGUACCUGUCUCCGACUGUCACCAAUUUCCUUGCCGCGUGGCCAGAUAGAAAAGCCUGGAUUGAUAAGAUUCUGUCAGACAUUCGUACGGCAUUGGUCGAUAUUGGAAGCCACAUAGAAUCUGUACGCAGCAGCCGAGACGAUGACGAGAUGUCAAAGAUGAAGCGCAAGUUCGAGUACAUAUUGAGUCACCAGAAACGCCUCGCCUCUAAACAACAAACAUUAGCCAAUAGUCAUCAGAUCUUGUUGGGGGCGAUACAAGUCAUGCAGACUGUCGAGCAAUGCGUUGGCUUGGGAGGAUCUGUGCCGGAUCCUAUCUUCGAGGCUCCUGUUCGACCAUGGCUUCGAUCUGACAGCGACAUUGUCCGCGGGCCUUACUCACGGCGAUCGAGCUCAAAGAACCUAUCAUCAUUGAGUGUCAUAGCUUCUGAGUCGCGCGACACAUUUGAAGUGAACCUCCCUGAAGCUUCACCAGCUGAGCUACCUGGAAGCACACCGGAUGAUCUUAUCCGUUCUGGCACUCAAGAGAUUUUCAAAGCUUCAAGGCCUCGAAAAUCGCACUCAUACAACGACACAAGAGUUUAUCCUCCAGCAACCGUGGAUGCGCCGUUCCAUCCUCUGAAUAAUCCUUCACAAGGCGAGCAAGAACACACGAAGCCUGACACAUCACAAGUAUCAUCAGAUAAACUUUCAGAUCGCAAUGGUACUCAAGAGGACGUAGUACACGACCAAGCCGACCGAAGGUCUGCCCAUGCUCCUUCCUCUUUAAAUGCUGUUGUGGACAGAAUCAUCGAACGAACUCAGUCUAUCGCCUCUACAACAGCGUCAAUCAAAAUGCCAGUUCUAGCCAAGCGCUAUCGUCCGCGUCCGGUCCAUGUACAAAGACCACACCUAAGGCACCAUUCGUUACCCUCAGAGUUACCUCUGUAUCAGGGCCAGUCAUCCCUCGUAGAUGAUCUGAGAGAAUGGAUUGUGCAAACCGCCGCGAGUGAUCAAUUCACAGGGACCACUUUAACUCGCUCACCCACAGUGUCUUCGACCACGGGAUCGAUUGCGUCGCGUCAGGAGAUGAUGAAGAUGCUGGUAAGCUUUCCAAACGUCAGGGAGGAUUGCAAGAACCCCAGCAUGGCAGACAAAGCAGUAAGGGAUCCUUCAGCCGCCCAAGAUAAUACCACUACAGCCGCAAACUGCCCACUUCCACCAUCAGAGCCUAAUAGCCCUCCAACGAUUUCCGAAACCGCACACUCACAGGACAACACUACGUUGGCCUCAGGUUUCCCGUUACCACCAUCACAGCCAAAUAGCCCUGCAACGGUCUCCGAAACCGCACAAUCCGAAGAAGACCUCACAUUGGUCUCAAGUUUCCCAUUGCCACCUUCACUGCCGAGCAAUCCCCCUCUUGUCUCAUCUAGUCUUCGACAGACUGAGCGCACAGUAUCGCCUAGUCGAGUCUUUGCGAUUACACGCAAACCUUUACCUCCAGCGGUGAAAGACAAUAUAUCAGUUGGAUCUUCACCAACGACUUCGCCAAACCGACAUCACUCCGAACUGUUUAUCGACGGCAAUGUGACUGUUGUGCCACCGUCACAUAUACACGGCACUGACUCUGACGUACACGCAAUGGAGUCACCAAAACAACCUCAACGUCCGCCGCCGCCUCCACCACCAACAUUGCCACCAACCGAAGUAAAUGACUCGCUAGCAGCCUCCCAGGCACAAUCUCAUAACUCACCCAAGCCCUCCGCCAUCCUCGACACGGCCACAGAAAAUCCCAAAGCCGAAACAUUACAGCAUCAAGAACUGACUCAUCGACUCCUACCUCAGUCCCUCGUCCCCUCAUCAGCAACUCCCGCACCACCACACCCUUCUAGCCCGCCACCACUGCCACCAAACGAACCAAAUCAGCAGGCUUCAGUCCAGUUACCGCCGCCAAACACACCAUCAGAGCCGCAGAACACACCACCCGUACCCACGGUACCUGCGGUGAUUCGAGAGACGAGUGUUGAACAGCCGAAGGCGAGAACGGCGGAGGCGAAGCGGAGGGCUAUGCAUGCGCGGAGGAUGAAGAUUGCUUUUGGGUAGUGAGGAAUGGGAAGGUUGGGUGAGGAGUUAGUGGGACUUGAGUGAAGGUGGGGGAGGUGGUUCGGUUGGAUGGGAAUUGCGGGAAAUGGUGGGAGGAAACAUGUGGAAGGAGAGACUGAGACUUUGGCAAUACGAAUGAAUGGAUACCUC